AUGAGCACAGACGCAGAGAUGGAGGCCUAUGGCCCCGCGGCCAUCUACCUCCGGAAGCCAGAGAGAGAGAGGCUUGAGGCACAAAACACUCCGUUUGAUGCCAAAACAGCCUACUUUGUGACUGAUCCUCAAGAGAUGUACGUCAAGGGUAAACUUGUGAAGAGAGAGGGGGGCAAAGCCACAGUUGAGACAGGUGCAGGAAAGACAGUUACUGUAAAAGAAGAUGACAUCCAUCCCAGGAAUCCUCCAAAGUUUGACAAAAUUGAGGACAUGGCCAUGAUGACCCACCUCAAUGAGCCUUGCGUGCUGUAUAACCUCAAAGAGCGUUAUGCAUCAUGGAUGAUCUACACCUACUCUGGCCUGUUCUGUGUUGUCGUGAAUCCCUACAAGUGGCUUCCCGUGUACGAUGCUCAGGUUGUUGUGGCAUACAGAGGCAAGAAGAGAGUUGAGGCUCCACCCCACAUCUUUUCUAUCUCUGACAAUGCCUAUCAGUUCAUGCUCACGGAUCGUGAGAACCA